AGUGCAUGGACUCAAUCCCAACAAAUAAAAAUAUAGGGAUUCAAAUUCAAAAAUAUGAAAAUGCAGGGACUUAGAAAUGGAUUAUGCCCUUUCUUUCACUUCUCCUUGUUUGAUCCAAAAUGCUUAAAUUGGAACACUAUACAGCAGAAGUCUCUUGAGCUGUAUCAAACUAUCAAUCAAAUUCUGAUAUGGAGGAAAUGCGAGAAAUCAUAGAAGAGACGUUGAAGUUCACAUUAAAUUCUCAAAUUAAUCAAACCCUAGAAUUUGAUCUAUGUCUUUCAACUGAAUUCUGCUCUAAUCUUCUCAGAGACGAUCCAAACGACUCCGUUUCGCUCCCUCCUACUGGAUUCUGUGAUAUAUCGCAAUCAGAUAUUGCUGCAGGUUCGUUUGAAGGAGUACGCGAAUAUCCGUUGUUCAAAUGUGUAGCUUCUGCACUGUACCAAUCUAUCAUUUCGGGGUCGUUUUGUAAGACAUACAAUAAGAUAGAUUUCGUUAGUGAAGAUAUCUCUUUAAAGCAGAAAGAAGAGCAAUGGAGUAAGUCAAUUCUUGAAAAAGGAACUGAGCUUAUAAAUGUGUUGAACAGUAUAUUUUGUGAACUUCAUGUUCAGGAACCUUACUUCUCAUUAUUGAAAGAUGGCAUUAAAACAAUUGAAGGAAGGUGUGCUGGCGGAAAUUAUAGUAGAAUUGAGCCAGGAGCUUUGAUUCUUAUAAACAAAAGCGUAGUGCUCAAAGUUAAGGAGGUCCACCAAUAUCCCUCAUUUUUGGAGAUGUUGAAAGCAGAAAGUCUUUCAGAAGUCCUUCCUGGUGUUAAAACUAUUGAAGAAGGUGUGAAAAUUUAUUGGAAGUUUUACUCUGAAGAGAAGGAAAUGUCAAAUGGUGUUCUCGCAAUCUGUGUAUCAAAAGUACCUUCUCAGCCUUACCUGUUUUUGGCAAGCAUAUUGUCUGAAUUGGGUUACACUGGCAUCCAAAGUCUUUUAGGCAUUGCACAUACUGUUGGAACAGCUUCUAAUGCCCUUCCUCCAUCAAAAUCAACUCUUAUUUCAUCCUUCACUUUGCCGUAUAGGCCAAAUAGGACGCAUUCUUUUGGAGGCGUUUCUGAUCCGAGGCCAGGUAUCACCAAAGUGAACCACCUCCUUCCUUCCUACAUUGCUGUUGAAUUCGACAUACAAGUCAACGGUAGUACCUUGACGCAGGGAGCCCGAGCCUUGGCUAAGCAUUCUGAAAGGAGCAGCAGCAAAUAUUGGGGCGUUGUAGAUGGAAAUGAUUCUACAAAAAAUAUGCUUGCACUGAAUGUCAUCAAUGGCUUAAUAGCUUCGUGUUGCUGGUCAAAUGUGCAUAUUGCUCCACAACAUGGGACUGUCUUUGAGAUAAGGGUGGCUGAUGGUUAUGGGGCUCGGUGGUCUCAAGAUGGAAUUCAUUGGAUUUCUUGAGCCGUACAUGGAAGAUGGCUUUGCAAAGGGGUAUAAGCAUUAAUUGAUUGGGGUGGCAUUCUCUUUGGCUUUCUAAACGGUGUAUGUUUCUCAAGAAUUAAACCUUUCUGCUUCUCUUCUACUCCUUUGUCAACCCUUAGUUAAAUACGGGGGUCUUUCGCAGAGCUUAACCAUCAUCUUCUACUACCAUGUAAGACUAUGAAUUCUUAGUUUUGGUUCAAAAACUAAAUAUGUAAUACACUUUGGUUAUCCAUAAAUGAGUUCGUAUUUCACUGUCAA